AUUAAGAUUCCUGUUAAAGGCCAGUCUUGAUUCAUUUAAUUAUUUUCCCAUUUAUUUAGCCAUUGUGCUUGUAAUUCCAAUUUUGCCUGUACAGCUUCAGGCGUAUUAAGAUUCCUGUUAAAGGCCAGUCUUGCAAACACCUGCAGUGCUUUGAUUAUCAAAACUUUGUUGAUAUAAAUUCAAGAAGACCGUCUUGGCGUUGUCCUCAUUGUAACCAGAAUGUCUGCUUCACAGAUAUCCGUAUUGAUCAAGAUAUGGCCAAGGUUUUGAAAGAAGUUGGGGAGAACAUCACUGAUGUCAUCCUCUCUUCAGAUGGUUCGUGGAAGGCAAUCAUGGAAAGUGAUGGACAUACUGACAAUUCCCCCUCGAAUAACCCCAAAAUUUCAAAAGACGAAACUAUGCAUCCAGAUUCGGGUGGCAUCCCUAGCUUCUCUACAGAUAUUAUGGAUCUUACCGAUAUAGACGAUGCAAUGGACGUAGUACGUGGUACAGGAGAGAUGGAUGACUAUAAAGGUCUCCAGACCAACAACCAAAACCAACCUUCUCGUCAGUCUAGUAAACCAACUGAGGUUAAUCAGACUUCUAACAUGGGUACUGACUUCUGGUCGGGCCUUUAUCUCUCCACGUUUGAAUCGGGGACGUCUAGAUCUAGUUCCAACAUGCAGCAGAUUGGUGUUUCUGAGCCUAUUCCAACAAGCGUAACACCAUCUCCUGUUUUAACAGAUGCACUUAUCCCUGCCUCUGUCAUACAAGGUGGGGAUUCCUCACCUAAUAACAACUUGCAGUUACAGCAGUUUCAUCUUGGGAACUCGGUGGGCAGUACUAAUGAAUAUGGAAGGAUGCCAUCAAUAACUAGAUAUGCAGUGAAUAGGGCAGCAAUUGCAGUUCAGGCCCUUCCAGCGCAGACCCCCUCACCUCAGCAGAGACCAAGAAAUACCAACACCUCUCCAGUUCUCAACUGCUCUUCCCCAGCUUCUCAGGCAACACCAGUUAUCACAAGUUCUGGUAUUAGUAAUAUUGAAAGGCAGCAUAGUUUCUCUAGAUCUAACUCAAAUAUUGUCCAACCAUCACAUGCCCCGUCAUCAACAUUACCUAAUAAGCAGGUUGAGCAUUCUUUUGCUCAUAAAAGUCAACAGUUUGGUGCUGGCCACAAAAGUUCAGCUCCCACACCUCCUUUCAGAGCUUCUUCGGGAUUUGCCGCUGAAUCACUCAAUGCAAAUUGGCAGGGAGUAAUGAACCACCAGCAUACACCACCCUAUACCUCUACUCAGUCUCAACAAGGCCUUUCUCGGUCACCUGCCGCCACCGCCUCCAAUUUCUCGCGAAACAACCUACAAAACAGUUCGCAAAUUGGAGUUGGUCCGGCAAGAGGUGGUGGUGCUGUUAGUAGCCAACACCUUCAGCCGAUGCUAACUGCUCAAAAGACUGCUCAGGUAGCAAGACCUGUUCAGUUAUCUCGACCUGCCGCUCCACCUCCUGCUUCAAGAAAUGCCGACCCCUCUUCACGGGGGGUUUCAUCAUUGACUGGAGGGGGGGAACAAAGGGGAGGAAACACAGUGCCAGUGGAUAUAUUAGCAUCUACACCAGAUAAGGACUGGCGGCCCUUAGGGCGCAUGCGUGGAAGCCUAUCAGGUAGAGCAUUCUCAGAGGCUCUGGAACACUACAUCCCUGUUCAGCCAUCAACAACCACAACCCAGCAAGCCCAAGCUCUGAAACCGUCUCUCCCCCCUAAUAUCUCGCCACAGUUGCAAGCCCUCCUGGCUAACAGAUUUGGUGGCCUCUCAUCUCCUACUAUGAACCAGCAGCAGGCUUCUUCAAGUCCAUCUUCUACGCAAGAUGUUCCGCCUGUUUUACCUCAACAUUCUUCUAAAAUGCAAUAGAUCUCAAGUUCUGUGUUCAUUAAGGUAAGUUAUUCUGUGUUUUCAUUUUUCUGUUUUAUUCUUGAGGUCACUUUGUCUAUAAGCCUUCAUCCCUGGCCUAUUUAUUCUCCUCUACAUAAGGGAAGUAGAUACUGUAACAGGAUUCAAACAACCUAUACAUGCCCGCGGCAUAUGCUGCCGCAUUAAGCUUUUGUACGGAAAGCUUAUUUUCCAAUCAAAGUUUCUUGCAUUU